GGCAAACAAUCUGACUCGUCAGACUGGCGAGGGAGGAAGCAGCAGAGCGGGAUUCAGCCCACGUCUGGGUGCAGGUGUCGGGUCUCCAUUCUGCCACCCUCAAGGAGCUGACUGGUGUUCCUGUGACCUAUUCGGCAGCUGCAAGCGGCGGCGGGCGCAGAGCGGACAUGGGGAGACUGGCGGCCGCGCUGCUGUGCCUGCUGCUGGCGGCCACCCUGCCCGCGGCCGCGGCCCCCACGGCCACCUCUGCCCCCCGCGAGCCCGGCCCGGCGCGCAGCUACCCGCAGGAGGAGGCCACGCUCAACGAGAUGUUCCGCGAGGUGGAGGAGCUGAUGGAGGACACGCAGCACAAGCUGCGCAGCGCGGUGGAGGAGAUGGAGGCAGAAGAAGCUGCUACGAAGUCAUCAUCAGAUGUGGAUCUUGCAGACUUACCUCCCAGCUAUCGCAAUGAGACCGACGCCGAAACCAGGGUUGGGAACAGCACUGUCCACACACACACCGAAAUUCGCAAGGUCACCAACAACCAAACUGGACAGACUGUCUUUUCAGAAACGGUGAUUGCAUCUGUGGGAGAGGAAGGCGAGAAGAACCACGAGUGCAUCAUUGACGAGGACUGUGGGCCCGACAGGUACUGCCAGUUUGCCAGCUUCGAGUACACCUGCCAGCCGUGCCGGGAGCCGCAGACCCUCUGCAGCCGCGACAGCGAGUGCUGUGGGGACCAGCUGUGCGCCUGGGGUAACUGCACCAGAAUGGCCAGCAGAGGCAGCAACGGCACCAUCUGUGACAACCAGAGGGACUGCCAAGCUGGGCUGUGCUGUGCCUUCCAGAAAGGUCUCUUGUUUCCUGUGUGCACCCCACUGCCUGUGGAAGGUGAGCUGUGCCAUGACCCUGCCAGCCGGCUGCUGGACCUCAUCACCUGGGAGCUGGAGCCCGAAGGAGCUUUGGACCGGUGCCCGUGCGCCAGUGGCCUCCUCUGCCAGCCCCACAGCCACAGCCUGGUGUACGUGUGCCAGCCGGCCCUCGCCGGGAGCCCCGAGGAGGGUGGAGACGCCUCGGACGAGUAUGAAGAAGGGGGCUUCAUCGAGGAGGUGCGCCGGGAGCUGGAGAACCUGGAGAGGAGCCUGUCUGUGGAAAUGGCUCUGGGGGAGCCUGACGCGGUCUCUGAGCUGCUGGGGGGAGACGAGAUUUAGAGGCGGGCCCCGUCUGCCGUAGCUAAUUUAUUUCCCAGGCUGUAUCCUCUAGGUGUGGGCUCACCGGGCUUUGUCUGUGGCCUCUUCCCUGUCCGUGUCCCCCCGUGGCUUGAAGCAGAAUGAGCUGCUGUGUUCGCACCCCGCUCCCCCAGGCCGUGCAGUCGUGGGAGGUGUGGGCACAGCAGGGCUGCCACACCUGCUGCUUGGUCUCAUUCGGUUCUGCCCGGCCUUGAGAACUGUUAGGAGAGCAGGGAUGGGAACGCACAGGGGAGAACACCCCACCUGCGUAGCCCAGCUCCCUCCCAGCACUAGGACUGUGGUUCCUGCCUUCCCCAACUUCAGCCUGGUGAGGAACGUGACUCACCCUGCACGGCAGAAUCUCUGAGGCCCAGAGAGGUCAAGUCACUUGCCCGAGUGACACAGCUAAUAAAGUGCAGAGUGGGAGUUCCCCUGGGUGUGAUUUCUAGUCCAGAGCCCACUCUGCUCCCCCCUCAACAGCCUCAGUGUCCCACACAGUGCCCCACCCCAAGUAGGAAAGAUGGGAUUUUUUCUCCUCCUCCUUGUCCUCAUCACAGCUACUCCCCUUAGAAAUAGCAUUUUCCCGUGGUCCGGGAGGUGGUGCAGUGGCUAAGGCACUAGACUCUCAAGCAUGAGAUCCUCAGUUCGAUCCCCGGCAGCACAUGUACCAGAGUGAUGUCUGGUUCGUCUCUCUCUCGCUCUCUCUCCUAUAUUUCUCAUUAAUAAAUAAAUAAAAUCUUAAAAGAAAUAGCAUCUUCCUUGGUGUGGAGGUGGCCUUAGCUUUCAACGAGGACAGAGAGUGCUAACUCCGUCCUCUGUGUCAGCGAAUCACAUUAGUAACUGUCAGGACACAGAGUUGGGGCAUCAUCUGUGUUAACUUGCCAGAAACAAUGCAUUGGUUGUAGGACGAGGACGAUAAAUGGAAUUGGCACGAUCCAGCAACUGAAGACCAUCGGAGCAAAUCGAGCCAAGGUUGUGAUAUGCAGACAGAGUGCUGGGCUGUGUGUAAUGUUUUCAGGUGCCAUGGGUCCUUCCACCAUGCACUCACCCCAGAGUUAUUAAAUGUCAAAGUUGCACAUGAUUGUAGAAGCAUGCUUGCUGUGAUUGUUUUUAAAGUUACGUGUAGACAUAUGUUGCAUUGAGCAACCUAGCGUAGACCACUUAAACUGACUUUUUUGUAGCUCUUGGAUUUCCUGUUGAAUAAAUAUAAAACUCUUUCUGCCAGGAAAAAUAAAAUGACAUGUACCACCAAA